AAUAUAUUAUUGCACGAACAACAAUUAAGAUAGUGAUAUAUGAUCUUAUUAAUAUUCGAGUCUAUAAUAUCUUUAAAUAUUUAAAAUGACACAAUUGACACAAAGGAUAUUUGUUACUGUUGGCACAACCAAAUUUGAUGAACUAAUCGAGACAGUACUUAGCUCAGAAGUUUUAGAGGUAUUAUCGUCAAAAGGAUAUUAUGAAAUCAUCUUGCAAGUUGGCAGAACGUUAUUUGUACCAGAUUGUACCCCACGUUGUGGUUUUGUCAAUAUUGAAUAUUUCAAUUUAAGCGCAGAUAUAAUUAACUAUGUACAAAAUGCUGAUCUCAUUAUAAGUCAUGCAGGAGCAGGAAGUAUUUUAGAUGCUUUAGAGUGUAGAAAAAAUUUAAUUGUAGUUGCAAAUGAAAAUUUAAUGGGUAAUCAUCAAUUAGAAUUAGCCGAGCAACUCUAUGAAGAUAAACAUUUAUAUUAUUGUACUUGUAAAACUUUGUUAAACACUAUACAAGCCAUGAAUUUUACUGAGUUAAAACCUUUUGUUAAUAAAAGAAGUAGACAUAUUGCUAAAUUUAUAGACCAAAUAAUGGGAUUUUUACCAUGAAAGAAAGUUUGAAAAAUAUUCCAAGAAAUACAGUUUUUUAUUCCUUAUUUAUAAUAAACAAAAAUAUUUAAGAGGUUAAUUUUUAUAUUUUGCUUAAUAUAUUUAGAUUUUUAUUGUUUUACAAUAUGGAUAUAUAACAGCUUUAUUUGUUAUAACAGAUAUAGCUUUAGUAUAAUUUACAACAAUAUAGUUUAAAUAACUAUUCCUUAAAAUUAUCAUUUAAUAGCAUAGAAAAAUUUAUAAUUUCUGGUUAAUAAAAAUGGUAACGAAGAAUAGUGGCAGUUAUUGUUAGAUACUUUUUAUAGCAUCUUUGGAUGGUUGCUAAUUUUUAAAAUAAAAGCUAUAUCGAUAAAAAUAUUUUCUAAAUACUGUACAAUGUUAACAUAAAUUUAGUUUUUUAACAAAGUGUCAUAUUUCUUUGCAAGUAUUCUGUUUAGGAAUAAGAUAAUCGAGCAAUCUCGCAAUAUUGAUGAACAUAAUCAUUGUUAUCAAUGAUUUAAUGAAUUUGCACAUUUCAGUGCAUUAUAUCGUUUUGUCGAUUUCUUAGACGGUCCUAGCAUUGUUUAUACUUUCAAUUUAUUGUAUGAAGAUACAUCCAUAUGAAGCAAACUACAUAUGUAUAUUUAUAGUGGCAUGUGUCUUUAAUUACAAACCAAGCCAAGACGUGUCAUUUCUUUUAAAAGUUCAUUUCCCAUUUGCGCAGGGCUCCUUGAAACUAUUACACCGGCCUAAAUAAAGUAAAACGAUAUUUAUAUUUAUCAUAACGAAAAUGUGGGUUUUAUUGUAAAUAGCAAAUAAGUCAAUACCUUUU